UGUUAGUCGCAAGUUGAGAACCACUCGGCAUAGAAUUAGAAUUCCAGAGCCAGAGGAGAGCCGAGAAGAAUCGUCCCGAUCCGUUCCACUCCGCACUUCGAAUCAAUUUCGAUGGCCCGCUGAAGAAUCUGCGCCUCAAGCUAAGCUGUGAUACGAAUCCGCAUUUGAAUAGAAGUCGCAGCGCCGCCACAGAUAGUCGCCACCAAUUGCUCGCGUUUUGUGCACAUUAGAGAAAUGCAUUGCCUGGUGAUACUCGGAUUUCUGCUGGGUAGCCUGGUGGCAUUCAGCUGGGCAGGAGUCACAACCCAGCCACCGCCACUCAUACGCACCCUAAGUGCCGGCGGAGACAUAGGACCCCAGUUCGACGUGGGGAAGACCAAGGAACCCGAAGACGCGGAAUUCUGGCACAACGUGGGCCUGAGGCAGCUGGAGAAGACCAUUAAGCAGGCGCAGCGCGUGAAGGAGGACUCCUACCAGAAAAAGGCGCGGAAUAUCAUCAUCUUCAUCGGAGACGGCAUGGGAAUAUCCACGAUCAGUGCUGGUCGCAUCUACAAGGGGCAGUACCUGAAGCAUGGUUACGGCGAGGAGGAAACCCUCGUCUUCGACGAUUUCCCAAACACUGGAAUGGCCAAAACCUACAACGUGGACAAACAAGUGCCGGAUUCGGCGGGCACUGCCACUGCGAUCUUCUCGGGUUCGAAAACCCAUUACGGAGCCAUUGGAAUGGACGCCACCCGCUCCAAGAAGAAUGGGCAGCAAGGCAGGGUCCAGAGCGUCAUGGAGUGGGCCCAGAAGGAGGGCAAGCGCACCGGCGUGGUCACCACAACCAGGAUCACGCACGCCACGCCCGCCGCCACCUACGCCCACAUCUACGACCGGGACUGGGAGUGCGACACGGAAGUGCCCGCGGAAUCGGUGGGCUUUCAUGUCGAUAUUGCCCGUCAGUUGGUGGAGAAUGCUCCGGGAAAUCGGUUCAAUGUGAUCCUGGGCGGAGGAAUGUCGCCCAUGGGCAUUCUGAAUGCCUCCGAGGUGAAGACUACUAUUUUCGAAGGACCCACGGAAACAAUUUGCACCCGCGGUGAUAACAGAAACCUUCCUGCCGAGUGGCUGGCCCAUCACGCCAACGACACAGUUCCUCCAGCAUUGGUACAUAACCGUAAGGAUCUGCUUAAUGUGAAUGUCAAGAAGGUGGACCAUUUGAUGGGCCUGUUCCGAAACAAUCACAUUACGUACUCCAUAGCCAGGGAGGCGGGAGAGCCUUCCCUGCAAGAGAUGACGGAGACGGCCUUAGGAAUCUUGGAAAGGGGCGAUGAGUCCAACGGCUUUGUGCUCCUGGUGGAAGGAGGUCGCAUUGACCAGGGUCACCACAUGAACUACGCCCGUGCUGCUCUGCACGAGCUCUACGAAUUCGAUUUGGCAAUCCAAGCGGCCGUGAACAAUACGGAUCCCGACGAAACGUUGAUCCUGGUGACGGCAGACCAUUCCCACGCGGUCACCUUUAAUGGUUACGCGCUCCGUGGAGCUGAUAUCCUGGGGACAGCUAAUUCACACGAGAAAAACGAUCCCAUGUUCUACGAGACCAUCUCGUAUGCCAAUGGUCCUGGCUAUUGGGAUCACUUGGCGAAUGACUCCAGACCUCAGAACAGCUCCAACAUGUGGAUGCCCCUGAAGCAUUUUACCGCUGAGGAGCGGGCUGCUCCCACUUAUCGCCACUUGGCGACGGUUCCCAGAAAGGACGAAACGCACGGCGGCGAGGAUGUGGCUGUCUUUGCAUAUGGACCUGGUUCCAGUUUGAUUCGCGGGGUCUUCGAGCAGAACUACUUGGCCUAUGUGAUGAGCUACGCGGGCUGUUUGGGUCCUGCCAAGGACUUCGAUGACUCCUGUGAGGAUCACAAGGAUGGGCAAAAGGAUAGGCCGCUGGACAAACCCAAUCCAAAGAGAAAUGGCGCCACUGUUGUGGGAGCCUCCUUGAUCCCCAUUUUGACUGCUGCCACUGCGGCUAUUUUGCGCGGUCGCGGGCUGUAAUUAAUGUUGUUUUAAAUAUAUUAAUUGUUAUUAAAGUUUAUAGACGUACGGAUGGCUUCGUUGAAUGAGAGAGUGAGCGAGAUGGAGGAGUGAUCGUUGCAACUUAACAAAUAGAUACACUGAAAAAU